AUGAGGAUUUGGAAAAAGGCCACCGGAGCUCUCAAAGACAGGUACAGCAUUUUGGUCGCAAAGCUCUCACCGUACGGUCCUUGCCGGAACCCUGAUCUUGAAACAGCGAUCAUCAAGGCCACGAGCCACGACGAACAGUUCAUGGAUUAUAAGAACGUUCAGAGAGUUUUCCAAUGGCUACGAAUGUCACAGUUGUAUCUGAAGCCUCUUUUGUACACUCUCUCUUUGAGAUUGGAAAGGACUCGCAGCUGGGUGGUGGCACUCAAAGGGUUAAUGCUCAUUCAUGGGUUGUUUUGCUUUGAACUACCAGCCGUGCAUGUCAUGGGAAGGUUGCCGUUUGAUCUAUCACAUUUCAGUGAUCGCCACAUAAGCCCAGAAAAUGCAUGGUUUUUCAACGCCUUUGUUCGUUCAUAUUUUGCAUAUUUGGAUCAAAGGUCAAUACUAGCGCAUUUGGAGGUGAAGAGAGAGAGCAAAAAUGCCAAAACUGAACUGACAUUGAUGGAAGAGCUGAGGAAUUUGGAGAAGUUGCAAGGGUUGACUGACAAGCUUCUACAAAUCAAGCCCAGGAAUAAGAAUCACAUGAAUGUUGUCCUCAUUCUUGAAGCCAUGGAUUGUGUUGUGGAGGAGGUUCUGGAAGUGUAUGGUAAAUUUAGCAAAGGGGUUGACAGAGUGUUGUUGAGAAUAUUUGAUAUUGGUGGGAAAGAAGAAGCAAGCGUUUUCCUUGAUAUUUUGGUCAAAGCUGAAGUGCAAGGUGGGAAGCUCUCUUUGUACUUUGAUUUUUGUAAGGAUAUUGGGGUCCUCAGUGCCUCUCAGUGUCCUAAAAUUGUGAGGAUCCCUGAAAAGGACAUUGAAGAGCUCCAUAGAAUGAUAAAUGGUGGAGAAUCUGAUGACAAGGCCAUUGUUUUGGUUAGAGAUUGCAGUGCCAUUGCCACCAUUUCUGAGCAGAAGGGUUUAAAAACUGUGAUCACUGAUCAAUGGGAAGUAUUUGAUGAUGAUAUAAUAGUUGAUGUUAACCAAAAUGCCUCCUCCAUUGUCCCAAGCGUUACGGCCAUUAACCCUUUUGUGGAAUCUUAUAGUCUUGUCCCUUACUGUAAUCCUGUUCACAAUUAUGAUUUUCCAGAUCUAAUUAGUUUAUAG